AUGAUACAGUACAGCAACCAGGGAAGAUCAAAAGGCAACUCGAAAAACAAAUGGAAGACAAGACGGAGCAGCAAAAUGGGUCGUGCUGGUUUCGUGUCCAUUAUUGUAAGGCUGGGAUGGGUUGUCGAUGUGUGCCCAAUCAUUGCUGCCCAGCAUUUAAGACACCCCAACCUCCCCCAUAAGGCUGCAGUAAGAUUAGACACAUCCACCCUACCCGAUAUUUUUCUUCUCAGCCUCAGCCUCUUGCUCUGUUCAAUUUCUGUAGUCUUGUCUUGUAGCAAACUGUCGUUUCUUGGAAGUCUCAUCCUGCCAGUGUUUGAUUCGGGUGUCUUUAUCUCGUCGUCGUCGUCGUCGUCGUCGUCCGCUCGGCGUGGUCAGACAAUCCCAAUCUCGCUCGGUUGGGGUUACCAUUUCUACGAAUUUUCGAGCUGA